UGUUUGUUCUUGCUGCUUUUCUCAAACGCGACUCUGCCCCGGACCGGGAGGCGCCCGUGGCCGCCGCUUUCCGCAGCCACCGGUGGCGGGGAACGAGGCUGUACCACCGCGGACGCUCAUCAUCCGCUUCGGCUUUUUCCCCCUCUGGGUCUCCUCGACCUUCUUUCCUGAGAGCCGGAACUCGACUGUGGGGGGAAGAAAGACUCAAGAGCAGAUGCAUGAACUGAAAUAACUUUAUUUUGGGGGGUUUACUUCGCUGACAGACUCCUUAGCGCAGGGCUUCCUUCCCCUUUUUCCCCCUCCCCCACCGCUGCCAGUACCAAUCCAACCUCCCCUCUUUCUCCUCGUUUUUCCUCCUUUUCUCUUUCUAUCCGUCACCGCUGCCUCCGCGUCCUUCCCUUCCGUCGCUGCCCGGGGCGCCGAGCCAGACUAUGGGUUCCAGGUGGGGGCUGAGCGGCGGCAGCAGCGCGGGCGGCCCGGUCACAGUGCGCACUGCAGCGGGGAUGGAGGGGCUCAGUUGGCUGGUGGUUUUCUCUUGACAUGGCUCCUGCCCGUGCUGCGAGCAGCGCCCCCGCCGCCGCCGUCUCUUCCGCCGCCGCCACCGCUCCGCCCGCAGGCUGCGGCUAGAGGGCCUGAACCCCGCCCGAGAGUCGGUCCGUGAGUCUCGGUCUCCGCGGGGACAGGGAGGGGAUUUUCCCAUCCCCCAACCCGCUCCGGCCGCCUCGAUUCCACCCCCUGCCCCUUCGGGAAACAAACUAACGACCCCACCCUAAACAAUCCAAACUCUGGAAACAUGGUCUGUUCAACGUGAGAGAGAGCUAAUCCGGAAUCCGGGAACUUAAUUCUUUUUUGGGGGUGGGUGGGCUUACUUUGAAAAGUAAUUAAUAUUAACUCACGUAUUUUCUUUUUUUCCUACUGAUCCUUCCUAUUUACCCUCUCCCGCCGCCUCUACCCGGGCGGGAAUUGUUUCCACGAUGAAAUGAGUGAAAACCUGAGUGAUCCUGUGUCUCCCGUGGUGCGAGUGAGUCGCUGCCGCUGAAGGCAGAGGGUGGGGGUGGGAUCUGUGGGGGGUGGAAGGCAGGUGGUUCCCCGGGCACUGCCUCGGAUUUGGGGGAAAAACCCGCCACCUUUGCCUCAGCAAUGCUCACAAGAAGAUAAAUCGCACUCCCCACCAUCUUGAACGGGGGCAAAUUCAUAGAGAAGGUUCCUUUGGGGAAUGUAAGUCUCAUUGCGAGGCUGGGGGUGUUGGGAUCCCGGGCAUUAAUCAGGCCUAACCACAGAGCCGGAAUAAUUAAUACCGUAUUGUAUACCCCCUUUCCCUCUGCCAUCAUGGUUCUCCUUGGCAGCAGCAUUAGCAGCCGCCUGAGGGUGAAAAUGUGGGUGAUGGGGAAGUUGAUAAUGACUCCGCUGUUUUUUCUCAUGGCUCCUUUGGGCAACAGCUGCCCGCCCCCGGUAUACACUGUAGUUGAUUGCAGGGAAACCCUGUACCUUUCCCCUUCCUGCUCUACCGAUUUUGCACUUUUCUCUUUGCUCACCACCAAGUGUAAUCAAUAACAAGCACUGACAAUACAUAGCAAUAGUGAAAUCUGAAAUAACUAAGAAUUAAUUAGGUAUUACAGCCAUGGAUCUGGCUGGGUAAAAUCCAAUUGGGUAUUUCAGUUUCAUUCACCUACCCUGUUUUGGUGUUUUUUUGUUUUGUUUUUUGUUUUGUUUUGUUUUGUUGCCUUUGAAAAGCAAGGAUCAUACUUCCCCCUCCCUGUUCCUAACCUUUUCUAAAAAGGGGGAGAAAUCCGGAUGGAUUUUAAGGAUUGGACUGGUGUCAGCUGUAUUUUAUUGCACACCUAAAUCCUGAUAAUAGGCUUUCAGUUCCCCCCAAAGCCUUUAUCUUGGCAGUUAAGCCAAAUGGGUUUUCCAGAAAAUUAGUUCAAGUAUUUUCUCCUCUUUCUUUCCUUCUUUCCCUUUCUUUUUCCAAUCUUACCCUAAACGUUAUAGUCCAAACAUGACUGGACAGCAGCUUUUGUUUCUUGACCCUGUAGUAUGACAGUCUGCUAAUAUUGCCAGAAGGUGCAGUUUUUGGGUUACAGUCGUGAUUUUAGCUAUUCAUAUUAGCAGGAAAAAAAAAAUGACUUGUUUCUGUUGUACUUGAGUCUUAAGAAAAAGUGCCCAUAGGUUAGUGACAAUUUCCAAAGGCUUUAGUACCACCUGUAUUUCAAAAUGGGGGACCCAAACUCCCGGAAGAAACAAGCUCUGAACAGACUACGUGCUCAGCUUAGAAAGAAAAAAGAAUCUCUAGCUGACCAGUUUGACUUCAAGAUGUAUAUUGCCUUUGUAUUCAAGGAGAAGAAGAAAAAAUCAGCACUUUUUGAAGUGUCUGAGGUUAUACCAGUCAUGACAAAUAAUUAUGAAGAAAAUAUCCUGAAAGGUGUGCGAGAUUCCAGCUAUUCCUUGGAAAGUUCCAUAGAGCUUUUACAGAAGGAUGUGGUACAGCUCCAUGCUCCUCGAUACCAGUCUAUGAGAAGAGAUGUAAUUGGCUGUACUCAGGAGAUGGAUUUCAUUCUUUGGCCUCGGAAUGAUAUCGAGAAAAUUGUCUGUCUCCUGUUUUCUAGGUGGAAGGAAUCUGAUGAGCCUUUUAGGCCUGUUCAGGCCAAAUUUGAGUUUCAUCACGGUGACUAUGAAAAACAGUUUCUGCAUGUACUGAGCCGCAAGGACAAGACUGGAAUUGUUGUCAACAAUCCUAACCAGUCAGUGUUUCUCUUCAUUGACAGACAGCACUUGCAGACUCCAAAAAACAAAGCUACGAUCUUCAAGUUAUGCAGCAUCUGCGUCUACCUGCCACAGGAACAGCUCACCCACUGGGCAGUUGGCACCAUAGAGGAUCACCUCCGUCCAUAUAUGCCAGAAUAGAGUACUGACCAGCAAAAUGGAGAUCAGAGAAUGCAGCAGCAGUUUUUUUCUUGUUUUCUUAUUACUUUGUUCUUUUAGAGUUUAAAGAAAAUGGACUCAUGCACAGAACACUACGCAUUUUGAAACUUGUUCAUCCUGGAUUUUUUUUAAUCAUUUGUAUCUCAGAACUUAAAAACAAAAUUAGAUGUCUUCUGCACGGACUGUGUGAAAGAAGAUGCUUUGCAUAUUUGCUGCACUGCAUCAGCAUCUUACUAAAAAUGUGAAAUGAAAGGACUAUUGUACACUGAAAUGCUUAAAUGUAUCUGAAAGCACAAGGUGAUACUCAUUUUUGAUGGUCUUCCCAUUUGUGCUGGUUUUUGCCUCUUUGACAUCUGUCAUCAGUAUUUAGAGGGUGAGAAGUGAAUGUAACAGGUAUAAAUAACAUUUUUUAAAACUUAAUAGCUUUGCUAUAAUCACCGUUGUUCCGGAGCACUGUCAGAUUCAUUCUAAUGACCAGAAUGGUUGUUUAAAAAAAGAAAAUAUAACCAUGGGAAAGAAAUCGUAAAUGAAAAAAAGCAUCUCAUUGUAGGCAUUCUUGCCUCAUUUUACUGGGCCAUGUUUGUUUCCUGGUACUCAUAAAUAUAGAUAUAUAUAUAUUUUUUUCCAGAUCUCUUUCCCCAAGUUGCUCUUAAUGAGAGUAUUCUGCUUAGUGUGGAUUUAGUUAUACACAUUAAAGCAGAUCUGGAGUCUGAAGUAGCUAAAGCAGCUAUAAAUCUGAGGAACACAUUUAUAGCUGCAGAAACCAUGAUAGGUAGAGGACUUUCCUUUUUGGUUUUUGGGGUUUUUUUUUUUGUUUGUUUGUUUUUAAAGAGGAGAGAUUUUUAUUACAAAGAAAAAAAUUCCAGUGAAUUGUGCAGAAAUACUGGUUUCUACACGAUCCUAAAGAAAAACUUACGGUUUUUUGGAGUAGAAAAAAGUUGUAAAAGUUGGGAUCUUAAAAUUGUAAAAAUAACCAUUGAGUGUCAAAGAUCUAAAAGCAGAACUCAUUUUGUGCAAUGAACAUACGGAAAGACUACUGUAUAGUUUUGUUUUCUUUUAAAUGAAGAAAAGCUUUGCUUAGGGGUUGCAUACUUUUGUUGGAGUAAAUCUGAAUGAUCCUACUCCUCUGGAGUAAAACUAAUGCUUAAGAGUUUCCAAUUGUAUUUAGCUUCUGGUUGGAAUUUGAAAAAAUGAAAACCUAAAUAAAAUAGGUGAAAGUUCCCUGACUAUUCAGGUGAAUACACAAA